AUGCGUCUUCAACAGCCAUCUGGAAGCGGUAUGGCGGUGACCGAAACCGCAACUGCCUCGGCACAAGACGUAACUUUACCGGCACAAGAAGUUCCUGGUAGUGUCCCCGACGAGGAUACUGGCGUUGUGCCCAAGCGGAUAGCCAUUAUCGGCAUGUCUUGCCGCCUCCCAGGAGAAGUCACCACAGCUGACGAGUUCUGGGAGAUGUGCUCGAGAGGCCGGGGGGCCUGGUCGCCAAUUCCCAAAAGCCGAUUCAAUGCCGAUGCGUUCCAACACCCUCACGCUGAUCGACCCGGCUCAUUCAACCCAGUAGGGGCUCAUUUCCUUACCGAAGAUGUCGGUCUUUUCGAUGCACCUUUUUUCAACAUUACCCUUCAAGAAGCGCGAUCAAUGGACCCUCAACAGCGAAUUAUGCUCGAGUGUGUAUAUGAAGCGCUGGAAAACGCCGGAAUCCCCAACCACGAAAUUAGUGGCCGCAAAGUGGGCGUGUUCGCAGGAGCCUCAUAUCCCGAUUACGAAUUGAACAACACAAGAGACAUCGAAACAAUUCCUAUGUAUGCCUCAACGGGCACGUCGAUGGCGUUGCAGGCAAACCGGGUUUCUUAUUAUUUUGACUUGAACGGACCUAGCAUUUCGAUCGAUACAGCAUGCUCGUCUAGUUUGACCGCGUUGCAUCUCGCAUCACAAAGCAUUCGAAAUGGCGAAUGUUCAAUUGCUAUUGUUGGAGGAUGUCACUUGAAUUUAAUCCCAGAAGCAUUUAUCUCAAUGACACGCUCCAGGCUUCUGGCAGAUACUGGUAGAUCAUAUGCGUUUGACCACAGAGGGACUGGCUUUGGUCGAGGUGAAGGCGCUGGGUGUAUUAUAUUGAAGUCACUCGAAGAUGCAGAGGCUGCUGGUGAUACGAUUAGAUCCGUCAUUGUCAACAGUGGCCUCAAUCAGGAUGGACGCACUCGGGGCAUUGCGAUGCCCAAUGGCGAGGCGCAGGAAGCGCUCAUUCGCCGAGUGUAUAAAGAAGCCCGCAUUGACCCGUCCAUGACGGCAUUUGUUGAAGCUCACGGCACGGGCACUAAGGUUGGAGAUCCCCUUGAAGCCACUGCCCUGAACGCGGUCUUUGGAAAAGGACGCACGCCAAGACAACCAUUAUAUAUCGGGUCAAUCAAAUCAAACAUCGGUCACCUCGAAGGGUCCAGUGGAGUUGUGGCGGUGAUCAAAACUGUUUUGGCACUUGAGCGAGGGUUUGUGCCUCCCAAUUGCAACUUCGAGAAGGCCAAUCCGGAGAUACCGAUGGAAAAGUGGAACAUGAAGGUGGCAAAGAAGCUGACGCCUUGGCCCCGAGGAAAACCCUACGCAAGUGUGAACAACUUUGGAUUUGGCGGGACCAAUGCCCAUGUUAUUCUCGAGCGUGGUAACCGAUACGAAGGCGAAGGUGUGGUCAAUGAUGAUCCUCUUAAACGAAAGUUGUUUGUGGCCUCUGCAUAUGAUAAACAGGCUGCUAUCCAACUGGGCAAGAACCUCGGCUCGUAUUUGGACCUUCAUCCGACAGUGUUUGACGACAAGCUUCUGGACAAGAUGGCAUACACCCUGGGCCAGCGCCGAAGCUUCCUUCCAUGGCGACUUGCAGCUUCCGCAGAGAUCGCGCAAGAUUUGACUGCCGCCCUGUCCACCAAUCCUGAGCCUGUACGCUUCUCCAGAGAACCAACGGUUGGCUUCGUUUUCACUGGACAAGGCGCUCAAUGGCACGGUAUGGGCAAAGAACUUCUAGGUACAUAUCCGAUCUUUGAACAGACAAUGGAAAACGUGGAUGCUUGUUUGAAAUCCCUCGGUGCUACCUUCUCCAUUAUUGAUGAACUUCUUCUUUGUGACCCUAGUAAAAGCUCUAUCUCAGCAGCAUAUAUGAGUCAGCCAGCAUGCACCGCAGUCCAGCUCGCGCUAGUCGACUUGUUCUCCUCGUGGGGAAUCCAUCCCAAAGCAGUCGUUGGCCACUCCAGUGGAGAGAUCGCAGCGGCAUAUGCUGCGGGUAUUCUCACACUUGAAGAGUGCGUUCGCGUAGCUUACUCCCGCGGUGUUGCCGCAAACCUUGUUGCCAAUGAUAAAACAAUUAAGGGUGGUAUGUUGGCUGUUGGUGCUUGUGCCUCUGACAUCCAACAAAUAUUGGAUGCCAUGCGUGGAAACCGUGCUGUUAUUGCUUGCGUCAACAGCGAAUCCAGCGUCACUUUGUCCGGUGACGCGGAAGUCAUCGCCAGUUUGCAAUCUGCCUUGGAUAAGGAGGGAAUAUUCACCAGACGACUGCAGGUCGAUGUUGCUUACCACUCUCAUCACAUGAAGACAGUGUCGCAGCAAUAUCAAUCAUUGCUCGGCAAGAUCACGCCACGGGACUCCGAGAUUCCAUUCCAUUCUACUGUGCAUGGUACACAGAUCCCUGGAAGCACUUUAGAUGCAUCUUACUGGGUUGACAACUUGGUCUCGCGUGUCGAGUUCGUGGAAGGUGUGAAAAGUCUUCUUACGGAUGACAAAACAAGGACUCCCAUCAAUACUUUGAUAGAGCUCGGCCCUCACCCUGCCCUCCAAGGGCCGGUGAAACAAAUUUCGGAGAUGCACGCCCCAAACCUGAAUAUGCAAUAUCACCACACCCUAAAGCGCAAGGUCGAUGCAAUCGAGGCCGUUCAGAACAUGGCUGGCUCAUUGUUCACACAGGGCAUGGUUCUCAAUUUCCAGGCUAUCAACUUCCCCAACCUCGAGAAGACCGGAAAAAGACCAGCCGUUCUAUCAAAUCUGCCAACCUAUCCUUGGAACCACUCCGAACGAUACUGGUUCACUUCUCGGUUAGCAGACAAUCACUACCACCGGAAAUUUGGCCGAAAUGAUAUUCUUGGCUUACUGACUCUGGAAAAUGUUGAAUUUGAGCCUCGAUGGAGGAACAUCAUUCGCGCUGAUGAUCAUCCAUGGAUCCGUGAGCACAGAGUGCACGGUAGCAUUGUGUACCCUAUGACUGGGUUCCUAGCCAUGGCCAUGGAAGCCAUCUCCCAGCAUGCCCAACUCCACCACAUCACUCCUGGGAAAAUUGAUCUCCGUGAUAUCUUCAUUAGCCGCGUCCUCACCAUCCCAGAUGGCUCGUCCGUGGAGACGAUGUUCAGCCUCAAGCCUUGUCGGGCAGAGUCUCCAAGUAAAUCUGUCCUCGGCUGGCACGAGUUCAAAGUUUUCUCAUGGGCAGAGGGUCGAGGAUGGGAUCAGCACUGCCACGGUUUCGUCAUGGUCCAAGAAGCAAAGGACAUUAACCCUGUAGAUGGUUCCCGCCAACAGCUCGAGAGUACAGGGCGUUUCACUCAGCAAGCUUUGAAUAUGCGACACUCUUGCACCAUACCAAUUGACAACAAGUGGCUCUAUGAGAACAUCACCAAUGGAGGUGUCCAGUACGGUCCCCUUUUCCAGCGCCUGACGGAAGUUUGUGUCGGCACGAAUGACCAAGCUAUGGCAAAAAUUUGUAUCCCUGACACAAAAGCUGUUAUGCCUCUUCAACAUGAGUUGCCGUGUAUCGUUCAUCCCGUUACCCUGGACUUGUGUAGUCAGCUUAUGUGGGUCCUGCGAGGUUAUGGUCAACCUGGACCACAGGUGACCCACGUGCCCUCGCAUGUCAAACAAGUAUCGGUUUCAUUGAGCCAAGAGAUCAACGCUGGUACGGUUCUUCAGCUCUAUGGUGAGCAGUCGGGCACCGAAUCAGCCAGCAACCCAGAGACCAACCGUAUCUUCGCCACUGAUCCUAGCAAUUCGGCAAAUCUGCUCAUUGACAUCAGAGAUAUUACUCUAGUCCCGGUCUCAAAUGAUAUCAAGGGCUCAAGGGAUAACUCCCCUAAUCAAAUUUGCUACAAGCUGAACUACGAGCCCUGCUUUGACUUCCUAUCCGCGGAUGACUACCGUCACCUCCCGCGCCCAGAUACCGAUGCCAGUGCGGGUAUCAAGCGAAUGAGUCUACUGGAAUCUGUGGCCGAACACUACCUGCGGGAGAUGCUUAACUCUGUUCCGGAGCAUGAAAUUCCCACCUUCCAGCCUCAACAUCAGCAAUUCUAUCGCUGGGCCCAGAAGACGUGUCAGAAGGUUGGAUACGCGGACCCUCUGCCUCUGGAUGUUCUCGAACACAACCGUACCGUCACCGGUGCGGGAGCAUUGACAUUCAAAGUGGGCGAGCUGCUCCCUCAAAUAUUGCGUGGAAAGGUUGAUGCUCUAACUGUUCUCUUGGAUGAUGAUGGAAUAGGUGGCUACUACAGUGAUCUGGAUGCCCUCCGAGAAGCUUAUGCCAACGUCUCUGUCUGCGUCAAUCAGAUGGGCCACCAGAACCCAGAGCUCAACAUCCUUGAGAUUGGUGCUGGCACGGGUGGGGCAACCUUACCCAUCCUCAACAGUCUAGGAGGAGGCGAACCAGAAUCUACGCCUAGGUUUGGACACUACACCUACACCGAUAUCUCCCCAGGGUUUUUCGAAAAAGCCAAGACCAAAUUCGAGGACUGGGGGCAUCUCAUGACAUACCAGACACUGGACAUAUCCGCUGAUCCCACAGAACAGGGUUUCAACACCGGAGUAUACGAUGUUGUGGUUGCCUGUAACGUGCUCCAUGCCACUAGAGACAUUGGGCAGACCAUGGCAAAUAUCCGAGCUUUGUUGAAGCCUGGUGGUAAAAUCAUGCUUAUUGAAGAGACUGUUCCAAAAGCUCGUCACUUCCCAUUCGCACUCCUGCCGGGAUGGUGGCUGGCGAGUGACAAGUUCCGCAGCGAUGGUCCACUUCUCACAGUUGCCGGAUGGGACAGCGUUUUGAAAGAAAAUGGGUUCUCAGGCAUCGACCUUUGUAUUGAGGAAUACCCAGGAGCUUCCUUCCAAUCCGGCUGCUUGAUGACAUCCUCUGCAAACGUCCCGACCACAGGCCCUGUGAACCCUGGUGAUGUUGUCGUCCUUGGAACAGACUCCAUCGGUGGCCUGUCAGCAUUGAGUUUAGAGUUGGGCCUCAAGCACUUGACUGGUGCCUCCCCAACUACCGUCGUUGAUGCCGAUGAUGUGGAUGUCACUGGAAAGUGGUGUAUUUUCCUUGGAGGGAUGGAUCGCUCUAUUCUUUCGCACCUAACCGCAGAGAAAUUGCAGGCGCUUCAGCGGAUGAUGAGUCAAGCUCGAGGAUUGCUGUGGGUCGUUCGACAUAGCAAGUCCGACUUGAAGUCCCUGGGAGCAAACAUGGCAAUUGGCUUGGCGCGGACUGUGAGAUCGGAGACUGGCCUACAAUUUGCCACUCUUGAUCUGGGAGAGCGAGAGACCAUGUCUGAUGCCGAGGCCGUGAAACAUAUGCUCAAUGUCUUCAACGGAGUGUUCUGCCAAAAGUCCCAGCUCAUCCAGAAUGACUGGGAGUUUGUCAUUCGCAAUGGCUACAUUUGUGUUCCUCGUUUGGUUGACAAUAACGCUCUGAAUUUAAGCGUGCAACAAGAGACGCCAAACGCACCUUCGGAGAUGCAGCCAUUCAAGCAAAAUCGCGCUUUGCGACUUGCUGCUGGAGAAGGCAGAGGGCUUGAUGAACUGUACUUCACCGACGAUGUCUCUUGCAAUGGACCUUUGCCAGAUGAUCAUAUCGAGAUUCAGGUCUACAGCACUGGUCUGAACUUUAGAGACGUAUUGAUGGCUAUGGGGCAGCUCAAGGGCGACAGGCUGGGUCAAGAAUGCAGUGGUGUUGUCACUAAAGUAGGAACCGCGGUUUCCGACUUGAAAGCGGGCGAUCGCGUCUGCGCAAUGUCACCGGGAUCGCUAUCCACAUACACCCGAUGCCCAGCAUCUGGAGUCUGGGUCAUUCCAGAUCAGAUGUCUUUCGAGAUUGCAGCUUCCAUCCCGGCUGUCUUCUGCACUGCCUACUACUCUCUCAUUGAUCUUGGACGACUAACCCAGGAUGAGAGCGUCCUGAUUCAUGCUGCCGCAGGAGGAGUCGGCCAAGCUGCCAUUAUUAUCGCGCAAAGCGUUGGAGCGAAGAUCUUUGCCACCGUUGGUAGUCUUGAAAAGAAGAACUUCCUUAUGGAAACUUAUAAGCUCAAGGAGGAGCAGAUCUUCUUCAGUCGCGACAUCUCAUUUGCGCAAGGCAUCCAGGCUGCCACUGAUGGACAGGGUGUUGAUGUUGCCCUCAACUCCCUUAGCGGUGAUGCUCUACAGGCUACAUUCGAGUGCGUUGCACCAUUUGGUCGUUUCAUUGAGCUCGGCAAACGAGACAUUACAACAAACUCUCGUUUGGAAAUGGCCCACUUCAACAAGAACCUGUCAUUUGCCUCGGUCGAUCUGGGAAUGGUAAGAGAAAAGCGCCCACAGUUGACCAAACGACUGUUGCGCGAUGCUUUCAAGCUGUUCAUCGAUAGCGACGCUCAGUCAAGGUGGCCUGUAACCAUUCUUCCCAUCUCAGAGGUGGAGACUGGCUUCCGCGCACUGCAGGGUGGUCAGGUUAUCGGCAAAAUGGUUGUGCAGGUCACGGAUGAUUCUAUGGUCAAGGUUCAUCCCGCCAGAAGGGACGAGAAUCUCCUCCACGCAGAUGCAUCAUACGUCAUCGUUGGUGGAACUGGAGGUAUCGGUCUUGAUAUCGCCACUUGGCUGCCAGAGAAGGGAGCCAAGAAUCUUGUGCUGGUUUCUCGGAGUGGUGCCUCGACCGAGAAAGCAAAGCAAGCUAUUGAGGAGCUCAAGUUCCAGGGCGUCAAUGUGGAAGUUUGUCGUUGUGAUGUUGCGGAUAAACAGAGCGUCGAAGAAAACCUUGUUCCGCUCCUUUCUCGCAUGCCUCCCGCGCGUGGUGUUGUAUAUGGUGCUAUGGUUCUCAGAGACACGCUCUUCGAAAAGCUCACUUUCACAGACUAUCAGACCGUGAUGAUGCCCAGAGUUCACGGUAUCUGGAAUGUCCAACGAGCAUUGACGACAACUAACGGCUCCGUCGAUUUCUUCGUAAAUCUUUCGUCCGCUGCCAGUUUUGUUGGCAACAUGGGUCAAUCUCCAUACGCAGCUAGCGGAACCUUCAUGGCAGCUCUCGCGCAAUACCCGGAGUCCGCAAAGAUGCGCUUCUCGACCAUCGAUUUACCAGUCGUACGCGGAGUUGGAUAUCUCUCAGACGACUCGAAGCGCGCUGCGAUCUCCAAGCAGCUCGGUACAGAGUCCGUGGAUGCGACAGACAUCCGUGGCUUGGUGACCGCAGCGAUCCGGAAUGAGUUCGACUCCGCCUGUGACGGACAUUGCGUGGCUGGUUUCGAAGCCGUCAAGUCAACCCCUGCCUCUGAGCAACCAUUCUGGGUCAACGAUACUAAGCUGUCGCACCUGCUGCGUCUAUCCACCCUCGCUGGCGCGGGUGAAUCGGCUGACUCUGCGCAAAACAGUACGGAGAUUUCCCCAGCGGUUGCGAUCCGGCAAUCGAAGGGUCGGGAAGGUGCCGAGGCUGUCAUUGGAACGGCUCUUAUUACUAAAAUCUCCAGUAUCCUCAUGCGCCCGAUUGAGGAGCUCGAUCCUGCUUCUCCUAUCUCUGCCUUCGGACUGGACUCUUUGGUUGCUAUUGAGAUUCGAAACUGGAUCACCCGCGAGAUGGAGGCCAACCUGCAAAUUUUGGAAAUUCUCACAAGUUCUUCCAUUCCAGCUCUUUCCCAGAUGAUUCUCUCGAAGUCGGGUAUUGUUACUCCAGACCUGAAGGUUGAGUGGGGUCUCGAUGCUGGAGCGUCCAAGGAAUGA